UGUUAAGCUUGCGUCACACAGGACGCUGCUCGGCUGCUUGUAGCCGCUAGUAAACAAGUGACUGCGGAGGUUAUAUCACAGAACGGAACACGCGGGAAUACGUUUUGCAAUGGCAACUCUUGACUUUUAUGGUGAACCAGGGAGUCCACCCUGCAGAACAGUUAAGAUGGUAGCUGCUGCCAUUGGUGUGAAACUUAACAGCAAGUUUGUAGACCUUGAUGCUAAAGAACAUCUGAAGCCUGAGUUUCUGAAAAUGAAUCCCCAACAUACUAUUCCUACAAUAGAUGACAAUGGUUUUUAUCUUUGGGAGAGCCGUGCUAUAGCUGCUUACUUAGUGGACCAGUAUGCCAAAGAUGAUUCCCUGUAUCCCAAGGAUGCUAAGAAGAGAGCUCUUGUGAAUCAGAGGCUUUUCUUCGAUCUUUCAACACUUUAUGGUUCCUUUGCUGAUUAUUAUUACCCAGUAUUGUUUUAUGGAGCACCAAAGUUUGAUCCAGAAAAGUUUAAGAAAAUAGAACAAGCCUAUGAUUUCCUAAAUACUUUCCUUGAAGGAAAGGAUUGGGUGGCUGGAACGUCUAUGACUAUUGCUGAUUAUUCCAUGGUAUCUUCAGUUGGCGCAGCAGAAGCUGUUGGUUUUGACUACAAGAAAUAUUCUAAUGUUCUUGCCUGGUUUGAAAGAGCAAAGAAGGCAAUAAAGUCAUAUGAUGAGAUUUAUCAUCCAGAUGCCAUGGUGUUUAAGAAGUGGUAUGACGACGCAGGUGCUGGUGAUAAAAAAUAGUCUUAUGUAUUUCAAAUAGUCCUAGCCAUUUUGUCUUCAGACUAUUCAUAGGACUUCCUCUUUGUAUUAGAAAAAAAGUUUAAUAUGUACCAAUAAAUCAGUUAAUUCAAA